UGUAGGAUGCGUUGCUAAUGUUAGCCAUAGCUGAGGAUAUUGAAAGUAGAUUUCGUCUCUCUUAUAGACUUUAUUAUGGCUUAUUUAGUGAGCUCCUCACCUGCCAAACUUUGUUGUUUAUAUCGCAGUCUGUGUUUAAGAACAAGCCGGGCGCUUUAUGCGAACGGUUUUGGUCAAAGCAGCUGGUGUUCUGGUGAAGGUGCAGCAGCUGUGUGCAGAAAAACAAACUAUCCCUGUUGUGAUGGGACCCGAGGGCUCUUCUCCCAUGGUGGCGGUGCAGCUGUAGAGCAGCAGACCCUGAAGGACAUUGCAAGAAACAUCAGAGAGCAGCAUUAUAAGAGGGUGGUGGUGAUGGCUGGGGCUGGGAUCAGCACGCCCAGUGGCAUACCAGAUUUCAGGUCCCCAGGCAGUGGUCUCUAUGACAACCUGCAGCAGUAUGACUUGCCCUAUGCUGAGGCCAUAUUUGAGAUAGACUUUUUCCACCAAAACCCUAACCCCUUCUUUGCCCUGGCCAAAGAGUUGUAUCCAGGAAACUACCAGCCCAAUCUGACACACUACUUUGUACGUCUUCUUCACAAGAAGGGUCAGCUUCUCAGGAUGUACACACAGAACAUUGACGGGCUGGAAAGAUUGGCAGGGAUUCCUCCUGAGAUACUGGUGGAGGCCCACGGCACAUUUGCCACUGCCACCUGCACUGUCUGCCUGCGGAAAUAUGAGGGCAAGGACCUACGACCAGAAGUAAUGAGUGGGACAGUCCCUAAGUGUCCCACCUGUAAGGGCGUGGUAAAGCCUGACAUUGUGUUUUUUGGGGAGGAGCUUCCACGGCACUUCUUCAAAUACUUCACAGAUUUCCCACUGGCAGACCUCCUGAUCAUCAUGGGCACUUCACUGGAGGUGGAGCCCUUCGCCAGUCUGUCAGGAGCUGUGCGUAGUUCGGUUCCCCGUCUGCUCAUUAAUAGAGACUUGGUGGGGCCGUUUGCCUGGAGCCGCCGGCCCCACGAUGUCGUACAGCUCGGUGAUGUGGUCAGUGGUGUGCAAGCUCUAGUUGACUCCAUUGGCUGGACUCAGGAGCUGGAUGCUCUGAUGUCAGCCGCUGCUGAGAAGGCUACAAAAAAGACAGGAGACUGAGACCACUUCACCACAUCAAGCUGGAGGUUUGACUUACUUAUCUACUAAAACUCAAACUGCAGGACAAAAUCCAGCUGACUUUUUUGCACAGUUUUAACGAGGGCCAUGUGAUAGGUAAUACUUGGAUCAUUUGUAAUGUCAAUGGAAACUCAGAAAUAAGGAGAUAGAGGAACAGCUAUAAUGAAAAUGCAGGCUAACAGAAAUGUUUCUCAGUCAUAUGCUUCUAAAACACAGGUAAGUGAUGCACAGUGGUGGAAAAGUGGUGUUUUUUUUUGUCUCAACAAAAAGAAAAUGUAAAUAUGUAUUAACUUCUAGUUUCUUGAAAUUUCGUAUCAAAAUUUUGCAUUAGAAAAGCAAUUGCAUCCUUGAUCUCUCUGUCUGUCUGUCACUUUCGGCUGUUCCUGUCAAGGGACGCCACAGCGAAUCGGUUUGCAUAUUGAAAUUUGGCACGUGUUUUACACCGGAUGCCCUUCCUGCCACAACCCUGAAUGCAUCCCUGAUCUCUAAUAUGCAUAAAUAUCAGAGGAAGACUGACAGCACUUCAUCAGUGACUUCAUUAGUUUGAGCCAGCAACCGCCUUUAUGUUCAUGGAAACAGCUCACAAAUAUAUAGUUUUGCUAAAAGAAGGACUCAGGUAUUUCCAAAAGCUCCCAGACACAAAUUUUUAAAUCAAACAAGGAGGAAAUAGUGUAUUUCUUGGGGACAAUUUUCAGUGGUGGAUUAAUUCACAUUUUGGUGCUCUAGUGAAUAUUUGGAGUAGCAGGACAGUGUAUGUGGAAAAAGGUCCAAAUAAGUUACAGUUACAGUUUACAGUAAUGGAGGAACAUGUCACCCAGUAGAACAGUGUGGCUUAUCAAUGUGUUUUGAUUAGCUUUUUUGAACAACAAUGGAUCUCUGUGGCACAGAGCAUCAACAUAUACCUGUAUUUGGAUACACACAACACUUCUUUGUAGGAUACAUUCACUGUGAGUUUUAGUGUUUUUGUGAGAGUUGCCUGACAAAAAUAAAAAUACAGAAUGUCACCAGAUGUGUCCUUUAAAUGAAGAGUAAUCAAAGUGUGCCAUCACAUUAAUUUGAAUAGGUUGUAACCAACAGAGGGAGCCAAAUAACACCCAUUAGUGUUGUAAAGAUUUCUGUUUGAAUGUUGACCUGAUAUUCUGACCCUCUCAUGUAUGUCACAGGGGAGGACAAAAAUAAAGACACA